AUGGCCCCCAGAGCCCGCUGGUUCCGCACUCUCCUGCCAGAAUUCCGACGAGCCUAUCAUGAGCGGGACAAUGGCGGCCAUGCAGCCGUCACUAGGGACUCAGCCGCGCGCGCUCAUGCCAUGACGACCCCCGUGGGGACCACAGCGGAGCUGGCCACCCCCCCCGCUGAGCCCGAGGCCGCCGGGCCAAAGGUACUGGGCAUGUCCGAGGUUGCCGGCGCGGGUUUCCUGGCCGCCCAGCGUGAAUUCCACGAGCGCUGCCCCAACACCCCGCCCCCCCACGUCCUGGUGGUGAACACGCUGGCGGGGGCGCAGGCGGCGGCCGCGCGGCUCCUGUCCCCCGAGCUCAGGGGCCGGGUGUUUGCCUGCGAUACCGAGGUCUCCGCCAUCGACGUCACCUCCCAGUCCCCAUGCUGCCACGGCGACCUCAUCUGUUUCUCCAUCCACUGCGGGCCCGACGUCGACUUUGGGGGCGGGGCGUCGCCCAGCGUGCAGAGCACGCUGUGGGUCGACACCUACCUCGACGGCGACGCCUCCAGGAAGGAGGAGGCGGCGGAGAUCCUCUCCCUCUUCGCCCCCUUCUUCUCGUCCCCGGACCACCCCAAGGUCUGGCACAACUUCUCAUUUGACCGGCACAUCGUGGAGCGCGCCGGGGUUAAACACGCUGGCUUUGAGGCGGACACCAUGCACAUGGCACGGCUGUGGGACUCCUCGCGCUCCGGCAAGCUGACAUACUCCCUGGAGUCGCUGUCCUCUGACGUCGCGCUGAUGGGCUCCAGUGCCGUGCCCAAGAUCGGGAUGAAGGACCUGUUUGCGCGGCCGAACAAGAGGGCCGACGGCACUAACGGCAAGCUGCUGGUGAUGGACGUGGUGGAGGAGCUGCAGCGGGGCGAGGACACGCGCUGGCGCUGGGUGGCCUACUCGGCCACCGACGCGCGCGCGACCUGGGACCUCUACGCCGCGCUGCGCGAGCGGCUGGAGGCCAUGACCGACGUGGCAUUGGACCCCGGCGUGGCGGCCGAGUACGCGGCGGCGGGGCGCCCCAUCGCCUCCAUGUGGGACGUGUACCUCCGCUUCUGGCGCCCCUUCGGCGAGCUGCUGACGGAGAUGGAGGCGCUGGGUGUGGGUGUGGACCGUGCGCACCUGGCCGCCGCCGAGCGCCGGGCAGUGGCCGACCAGGAGCGCGCGCGCGCCGCCUUCCGCGACUGGGCGGUCGCGCGCGUGCCCGGCGCCGCACACAUGAACGUCGGGUCCGGGGCGCAGGUCGCCCAGCUCCUCUUCGCCGGCGUGCCCAACGGCCGCGACCCGGCCAAGGCGGGGGUGCCUCUGUCCCGCGAAUUCAAGGUGCCCAACACGCUGGGCGUGGCCGAGGGGGGGAAGAAGGCGAAGAAAAACAUCGCCGUCACCCUGCACGGGCUGUGGGGCGAGGGCGUGGCCUCACCCCUGGUCCCCACCGUGCACACGCCCUCGGGAGCGCCCGCCUGCAACACCGCCGUGCUGAAGGCCCUAGCAGGGCCGCCCGGCCGCGCCGCCAAGGCCCUGGCUGCGCUGGAACACCGCCCCGGUGCGGGUCUGGGCCUGGGGGAUUCCCUGGACCCGGUGGGCGCCUGGGACGACGCGAGUGGUGUGGAGGCUGGGGCGAUGGGAGACAGUGAGUCCACAGCAGACCUCGACGCUGACGGGGGUGCUGGUGCGGCCGCUGACGCCAGCGCCAACCCUGCCGGCGCCGUCGCAGCAGAGCCCCUGGACGCGGCGGAUCUGGAGGCAAAGCGCGCCGCCGGCGGCCACGGCGCGCUUUUCCCCCUGUUUGGCUCGGAGUUGGAGGGCCUGCGCGCCUGCGCGGCGGUGGACGCGCUGGUGGACGUGGGCGCCAUCGACACGCUGCUCAGCAACUUCAUCGUGCCGCUUCAGCAGGACGCCAUCGCCAAGCCCGCGGCCGUGGACUGGGCCGCGCGGCGCCGGGGCGAGGCGGGGGUGCUGGGCGCGCGGAACCUGUCGCUGGCGGGUCGGGAAGGACCGACCAUGGGGCAGGGCUCGGGGGGUGGUCUCCAGGCUCCAGCAGCGCUGCAUGACUCGACAGUCGACGGCCCCCCACCAGCCCCUGCCGCCGCGUACCGCGUGCACUGCUCGCUGAACAUAAACACGGAGACGGGGCGGCUGUCGGCGCGGCGGCCCAACCUCCAGAACCAGCCGGCCUUGGAAAAGGAUCGGUACGGCGUGCGCCGCGCCUUCACCGCAGACCUCGCUGCGGGGCACACGCUGGUGGUGGCCGACUACGGGCAGCUGGAGCUGCGCAUCCUGGCCCACAUGGCCAACUGCCGGUCCAUGAUCGAGGCCUUCGAGGCGGGGGGCGACUUCCACUCCCGCACCGCGCUCGGCAUGUAUGAUCACAUCAAGGCGGCCGUGGCCAGCGGCGAGUGCCUGCUGGAGUGGGACGGCGGCCCUGACGGCGCCUCCCCCCCGCCCGUCCCCCUGCUCAAGGACUUGUUCUCCUCGGAGCGGCGCCGCGCCAAGGUGCUCAACUUCUCCAUCGCCUACGGCAAGACGGCGCACGGCCUGUCCAAGGACUGGGGCGUGUCGCUGGAGGAGGCGCGAGAGACGGUGGAGCGCUGGUAUGCGGACCGGCCCGAGGUGCGCGCCUGGCAGAAAGCGCAGCAGGCGGCGGCGCAGGGGGCGGGCUACGUCUGCACGCUGCUGGGCCGGCGGCGGCAGCUGCCCGAGGCGGCCAGCCGGAACGGCGCGGUGCGCGCGCACGCGCUGCGCGCCGCCAUCAACACGCCCAUCCAGGGCAGCGCCGCCGACGUGGCCACGGCGGCCAUGCUGCGCAUCGCCGCCGACCCGGAGCUGCGGCGCCUGGGCUGGGCGCUCCUGCUGCAGGUGCACGACGAAGUGAUCCUGGAGGGGCCGCGGGAGUCCGCGGAGGAGGCGCGGCGCCGCGUGGUGGCCUGCAUGCGCAGCCCCUUUGUGGGGAAGGUGGAGCGCCCCCUCCUGGUGGACCUGGCGGUGGACGCCAAGUACGCGGACACCUGGUACGACGCCAAGUAG